GAAAAUCGUAAAUUUGCGGGACCACGCAAAAUCAUUUCGUCUCGUCUAAUCCCAAAAACAAACUCGGGAGGUGAGGUGAUCGUUACUUUUUGAUGAGUCAGUCGUCUGCCACGAUACGAAGAAGCGUAGUUUAGAAAAAGAUAACACGUCAAAGCUCCUCCUCCUCCUCCUCCUCGCCGCGCACGUUAGCUCUAGGCAUGUCUUGUUGUUGGUUAUUCUCGUAACAAAGAAAGAAACUAAUCAUCAAACAACUAGAAGAAGAAGAAGACGUAGAAGCUCACUUCUCUCUCUCUCUCUCUCUCAUCUUAUCCGGAUCGCUUCUUGCUUCUCGUCGUUCGCUUCCGAUCACUCUGGGCUUCUCAAUUCCGUAAGUAUUAUUAGGAUUAUUGAUUUCGUACACUUGGGAUGAUGAUGCGUACUGUCUCUCUACCAUUGUCUCAUGAUCUCAAUGUUCAUAAGAUCCAUGAAGCUUCUGGAUACCAUAAUAGUAAAACUCGUGUGUCUCUGACUCGGACUUGUCUUCUUUCAUCAUGUGCCACGAGACAAGACGUUUGGAGUUUUCAGCUUCUGGAAAGCUUGAGUGGUUCAACAGUACCUGUAUCAUCUAGGUGUAAUGCAUUCGUUUGUCGGUCAGCUCUCUUUCCCGGGAAUGGAAAUGAAGGCCCUAUCCUUAAAUCAACUGCAGUAAUAUUCACAAGGGCAUACGAUGCUUUACGAGGAAAUCCGCAUUUGAUGAAACUGAUUCCAGCAGUUGGGAUUCUCGCAUUUGCUACAUGGGGUCUGAGACCCCUUCUGCGCCUUGCCAGAACUACCAUGUUCGAGAAGGGGAAUGACGCAAAUUCACAUAAGAGCAGCACGCAAUACAUUGUUGUGUCAUAUCUUCAGCCUUUGCUACUUUGGAGUGGAGCAAUCCUUUUAUGCAGAACAUUAGACCCAAUAGUAUUGCCUUCAAGUGCCAGCCAGGCUGUUAAGCAACGCCUUCUUAGCUUUGCUCGGUCCAUGUCAACGGUCUUGGCAUUUGCCUGCUGCUUAUCAAGCUUACUUCAGCAGGCGCAGAAAUUUUUUAUGGAGACAAAUAAUCCUGCUGAUAGCAGAAAUGAAGCAGUGCUCUUGGAUCUUCUUACAGUAAUAAGGCAUCACGGGGCACGUCUAGCAACUCCCAUUCGAACAGUACAGAGGAUGCGUAAUGAGGCUGAGGUGGACAGUGCAGGAUUUUCGGACAUCAUUUUCAACCAAGCAGCGAUGAACCGUCGACUCAUGUUGAUUGAGCCAUCCUAUAAAAUCAACAGCGAUGACAACACAAAGUCUUCCUCACCCAACUCAAUGCCAAAGAGUGAAGAGAAGGACCUUCAAGAAGAACGAUUGGAAACCAAGGCUGAAACAGAAAAUAACGGCAAAAAAGAGAAACAGAAAGUGGCUCUUGGUUUCAACUCCAGUACAGGCACUAAGGGUUCACCAACCUCAACAUCCGACCAGCUGGUAGCACAAAAGUCAGAAGAAAAGAAGAAACAGAGCGUGGGAGAUUCAAAUAAAGCAGAGAAGGAUGAAGUUUCUGAUGGCGAAGGUGCAACAGAGCAGACAUUGAAAUCAAAAGCAAAACAAGGGACUGAAAAGAGCAGUGGAGAUUCGAAAGCUCGAGAUGGUGGUGGAUCAGGUACCAGUUCUUCGCUAGAGGAGAACAUUGUUCUUGGUGUUGCGCUGGAUGGCUCAAAACGUACACUCCCGAUUGAUGAAGAACAUAAGGCAUCUGGUGCGUUAAUGGAUUCUGAAGAACUCGGUAUUGGAUUGGAAUGAGCGAAAGGAGAAGAGGUAUAAAGAAAUUUGGAUGCAUCUGUAGAAAGUAACAAACAGAUAUGGAGGAAUGAGCGCAACUCUGUUAAUUUUUUUUAAGUGUAAGGGGUUGCGCCAUUUCACCUCUGUAAAUAAUUCCUAGCGAUUCAAGAACUCAAAAAGUAGUUUGUUUCAAGUGACUAGUUUUAAGGUUUUUCGUGUUUAGAAGAUUCAUAAGAAUCAAAAUUUGACUAUUUAAAUCCAACGGGAACACCUCCUAAAUGAUAAAACCAAAUGAACUCUUGACCUUUCGAAGAUCUUACAAACUGAAAAAGUUUAAAUCCGAAUGAAAAAUAUGCCAAAUCAAACACAUUUGAAAAAGUUGAUAAAAACAUCAACAAGGCGAAACCAUGUUCGGCGUGAAGGUGAAUCAAAGCAAAGAAACACAAUAAAGGCCAUCCACGUUACACCGUAGGUGGCUGCAAGGGUCCAGUAAAAAGUCACCAGAUCGAUUGAUGUGUCGUCAUCUCUGCUUUGAGAAUCGAGUUCCACGAAACCGAUAGUGUUUUUAUCAUCACAACUCUUGUUUAUGGCUGAUCCCCAAAGACGAGGAUUACCUAUGUAGUUGGUUUCAUCCAAUGUAGAGAAUUUGCCUUGAGUAGGAAUGGAGCCUGACAGGUUGUUGUACGAAACAUUGAAUAUAACCAUAUAGUCUAGCUUAGAUAAUAAAUCUUGUGGUAUCAGUCCACGCAAAAUGUUGAACGAAAGAUCAACACUCUCCACAUCAGUUAGAUUGGAGAAGGUUUUAGGUAUGAAACCUGACAAGAAAUUGUGAGACAAAUUCAAAGCACGUAUUCUUUGAAAAUCUCCCAGCUCUCUCGGGAUAUCACCACUGAAUUCAUUAUUUGACAAAUCUAGUCCAAACAUGAAUUCAAAACUUCUUUCGUCAUAAGAAUCAUACCUACUCUUCGAUGCAAAUUCAACCAUGAAAUCCAACUUGUUUGGGUAGUCUCGAGAAAAAUGUUGCGGUAAAACCAACAACCUAGAAUACACUUCCUUUUCUCUAUCACCAAAUCCAUAACUAUAAAAUUGACCACCACUCGCAUAUACUAAGCUUCUUCCAAUGAUACAUUGUUGAGACAAGAUGGUAUAGACCCAUUCAAUCUGUUGUUGGAAAGAUCCAAGAUCCUUAUGCUUCUUAGACUGCAUAGAUCAGUAGGAAUAUGACCAGUCAAUCUGUUACCCCUCAACAAAAGAGAGAGGAUAAACUGGUUCUGGACAAAGCGCGGGAUAGCUCCGGAUAAUCUGUUAUUUCGCAGAUCGAGUACCAAUAAAUCUUUUAUCAAUGUACUUGGAAUCGUCCCACUGAACUCAUUGUCGUGGAGGUACAACAAACUCAUAUUCAGACCAUUAAAAUGCGACGGCAAAUUCCCUGAUAACUUAUUCCUAGACAGGUCUAAAAGUUUAAUGGUGGAUAUGUUAAAAAUGGUUCUUGGGAGAGUACCUUCCAAAAGAUUAUUCGACACAGAAAGAUAAAGUAACUCAGUCUCGCCAAACCAACUUGGAAUGACACCUUGUAGAUAGUUAUUCGACAUGUCUAGCACAUAUAAUCUUUUUGAACGAAGCAAUCCAUCUGCGAUCCUAGUAAACAAGUUGUUAUUCACAAUCAAUAUAGCCAGCCUUCGAAGAUUUGUUGGUUUUGGAAAAACUUGGCCACUAAAUCUGUUGUAUGAAAGCUUUAAAAUAGCCAAGAAAGAACAACCAAUGCGGAAUUUAUGUGGUAGCGUGCCAGAGAAGUUAUUAUGAGAUAGGUCCAAGAAGUCGAUCUUCUUCAUCGCACCGAAUGAAGAUGGCAAACUCCCAUGAAACUCAUUAUUGGAAAGAUUCAAGUGUUGUAAAUAACGAAGUACCUUUCCAAAAUUCUCUGGAAGCCGUCGAUCAAAUUUAUUGGUUGAUAAAUCCAAAACCUGCAAGUUGUGCUUAACUAGUCUUGGCAACUGAAGCACGCUGAGAGAGUUGUUCUGCAAAAGCAAAAUCCGAAGUUUUGGACAAAAACCAAGAGGGAAAUGAUCCAGUCAACUUGUUGUUAGAGAGAUUAAUUACGCGCAAAUCUUUCUGGUGUUAAAGAAAGCUUGGAAACUUUUCCAAGUUGCAAUAUUGUAAUUCCAUAACAUUUAACUGAAACUUUGGUUGCCAAAAGACUUGCGUUUUAACCUGCAGCAAACUAGAUCUGGAUGACAGUUUGAACACUUUAAGCU